AUGAGCGUAGCACGCCCGUUGGCCCGGAGUUUGUUUUCGCGGCGGCUCGUGGCCCUGUCGACUCCGCCAGCGCAGCCAUGUCACCACCACUCGUUCCACACGUCGCCGCCCCUGGCCGUCCGGCGCCGGCCACGCUUCAAGAACAUACGCGCUGCUGAUAUGGGGCUGGUGACGGAGGAGAAAGUGGAGCAGUUCGCACAGCAGAACUUCCCCCGCUUCACGCCCGAGGAGGUGGCCGAGCUCAGCAAGCGCUUCUCGCCCGAGCAGAUCACGGCCCUCGAGGCCGGCGAGGCCUCCAUCGACCCCAAGGACCUGACGGUGCAGGGCCGCCUGCGCGUCGACCCCUACAUCCUGCCCUACAUUGAGGACUUUGCCGACAUCCAGCCCAUCGUCGACAAGCGCCCCAAGAACAAGGCGCCCCCCGACCCCACGGCGCGCUUCAUGGACCUCGACGAGUUCACCGCCGACCUGGUCGAGUGGGCCGACAAGUUCAAGACGGGCGACCCGACGGGCACCAUGAAGAGGCUGGGCGACUUCGUGCCCGAAAAGUGGAGACACGCCGACGAGAAGAACUGGCCCGCCGGCGUGCGCGACAAGGCCAAGAAGGACUUUCUGCGCUACGUCGAGACCGAGUCGUCCAACACGUCGUCGGGCGUCCUCACGGACGCCGACGUGCUCGAGUACAUCCUGGAGCGGUCGUCCAUGACGGACAAGAACCGGCAGAGCAACUCGCUGCUCGCCCCGGCCCUCCCUAACAAGGUGCCUGGCGUCGCGGGGCUGUACAAGAACGCCAUCGACCCGGCCGACGAGGGCCUCGACGACUCGGGCAUCUACCAGGACCUGAAGAAGCGCACCGGCAUGACGGUGAGGCAGAUCCUCUCCCUCCGGGUCAAGGUCAUCGUGAGACGCUAUGUCGUGAACCAGACGCGUCUGGGCAAAGUGAGGAGUGCUUCCAUCAUGGCCUUUGCCGGCAACGAGAACGGGUGGCUCGGGAUUGGAAUGGCCAAGUCGACCGAAAGCCCCUUGGCCAUGGAGAAGGCGAAGCUCCUGGCCAUCGCCGAUAUGAAGCCGAUUCCGAGAUACGAGAACCGGACCGUGUACGGCAACACCGAGGGCAAAGUUGGCGCCACUGUCGUGCAACUGUUUCCUCGACCUCCAGGAUUUGGCCUCCGCGUACCAUUCCGCAUCUUUGAGCUUUGCCGGGCCGCAGGAAUCCGCGAUCUGGCCGCCAAGAUGCCGCGUGCCCGCAGCCCGAUGAACUCGGUCAAGGCCCUGCACCAGGCCCUGAUGAGCCAGAAAGACCCAGAGAAGAUCGCCAAGGGGAGGGGGAGGAAGCUUGUGGAUGUCCGCAAGGUGUAUUAUGGCGGAGCUGUAUAUUAA